AUGGCCUGUAUCACUAACACUGUUAAUAAGUCAAGCGAAGCAGAUGACGUUUCCUUCACUCCUGAACCCGAAGCUUUACGAAUAAUCCGCACGGUCUUGUUCAGUUUGAUAGCAGCUCUCGCCUUGAUUGGAAAUUGUGUGGUGUGUCGAGCUGUUUGGAGACACAAAGGAACCAAACCAACAGCACAUUACUUAGUCAGCAACUUGGCUUUUGCUGAAAUUAUCAACAUGGUUUGUGUAGUAUUCACGUUCCACGCAUAUGAACCACCAUGGUCUUGGGAGCUUGGGAGUGCCAUGUGCAAGAUUCUUCCCUCUCUGCAGCUAACAAGUUCUCUUGUUAUUACAGCAUCCCUUACCAUUCUUGCUGUCUAUCGAUGUGUUUUGCUUGUUAAGCCUAUGAUCCCAAAACCAACUCCUAGACAAACGUGCUGUGUUAUACUUAUCUGUUGGGCGGGAUCCAUUGGUCUGUCUUUUCCUGCAGGACAUUUUCGUGUCUUGCAAUCAUGGGGCGACCAAUGCGAGUUUGGCUUCUGCGCGGAAGUGUUUCCAGAAGGAUUCACCCAUUAUUUGAAAGUUUAUUCGAUGGUUCUAUUCGUUAUAAACUUUGCUUUGCCAUUUGUCAUAAUGGUUAUAUCGUAUUCGUUGGUCAGAAAGAAAAUCGGCGAACACAUUAUUGUCAUUCAAAGGAUUCGCAACGAGCAGAGCAACGUGAUGUCAUCUUUGACUCGACAUUCUGUUUGCUCAGAAGACCCACAUGUGAUACAAGCAGGUCAAGCAGGCCAUCUUAAACAAGAGCAAAUCGAGUUGUUAAACAUUACUCAAAACAAGAAUGCAAAGAAGAGCAAUAAUCCUCAGUCUGGAAUGCAGUAUCUUAAUUCUGAAAAAUUAUUACCAAGCAACCAAGUAUCAAACACGACCGAUAAGAAUACCUUAGAACUCGAGAAUGAUAUAAUGAAAUUAGUUUUUGUGUUGGUGAUGAUUUUCGUAGUAUGUUAUAUCCCAUAUCAGGUUCAGUUUCUGUUGCUAGAAUUUAGAGUUAAGGUCUUUUUUUACUGGCCUCCUCGUCACAUUUUUAGGAGGCUUGUAUUUACUUUGACUUGUUUACCAAGUGCCCUUCAUCCUGUCUGUUAUGGUUUAAUGAGCAGAUUUUAUCAUAAAGCGUUUAUGAGGGUGAUAGCUUGUAGAAAUCGUGAAAAUCAAUACGUUUAG